CCAGCAGUGCCGCAGCCGAGCAGCGCACGUCAGGAGGAGAGCCUGCCCUUCAUGCUGGACCUGCAGAGCUUGCCGGGACUGGCCAACAUGGACCUGAGUGCCCAGAACCCCAACAUCCAGGUGACGAUCGAAGUGGUGGAUGAUCCUCAGGCUGAGAUGGAAAUGGACUUGUUGAAGGAGACAAGCAAUGACUGGUCCCUGACAUCCUCUGAGUGGUUGUCCCACAAGGACCUCUUCUGGCCCCUCUUCUGGGAAUACACUGACCCCACUGAGAAGGAGGAGGAGGAAGAAGAAGAGGAGGAAGAGGAUGACAACCUGGAUGUAGCAGACAGGGAGGAGGAAGAGGAGGAGGAAGAUUACACAGCAGAGUAUGAAGAGGAGGAGUCCAUGCUCAGUGGAGUGGGAGGUGACUGGGACCAGCGGUGGCCUGGGCACAAGAACUGGAUCUUCAAGGAGAAAUAUAAUUAUGACGAUGAAGAUGAAGAGGAGUGGAGCCCAUGGUCUCCUUGCAGCAUCACCUGUGGCAGUGGCAACCAGAAGAGGACCCGGUCAUGUGGCUAUGCCUGCACAGCAACAGAGUCGAGGACCUGCGACCUACCACGCUGCCCUGGAGCAAAAGGGGAAAUGGUCUUCCCCACAGAGGAGACGCUGUUCAAAAGUGACAACGCAACAGAGCUGUUCAACUCAGAGCUGGACAGCUGUGAGAAGUGGCUGAACUGCAAGAGCGACUUCCUCACCAAGUACCUGAGCAAGGUGCUGACGGACCUGCCCAGCUGCCCCUGUUCCUACCCUCUGGAGGCUGUCUACAGCACCGUCAACCUGCAGGACGAGCAGCAGGGCAAGAGCUUCCGAUGGCGGGACGCCAGCGGCCCCAAGGAGCGCCUGGACAUCUACAAGCCGACAGCUCGCUUCUGCCUGCGCUCCAUGCUCUCCCUCGACAGCACCACCCUGGCUGCCCAGCACUGCUGCUACGAUGAGCACACCCACCUGAUCACCCGCGGCAAGGGGGCUGGCGUUCCCAACCUCAUCAGCACCGAGUUCUCCCCGGAGCUGCACUACAAGGUGGACAUGCUGCCCUGGAUCCUCUGCAAGGGCGACUGGAGCCGCUACCACGCCGUUCGGCACCCCCACAACGGGAGGUCCUUGGUCGACUCUCCUGUGCAAGGUCUGUUCUUGCAGGAGCUUUCUCCAGG